AUGAUUAUUGUGAUUUUAAAUAUUUUGCUAUUUUACUCUAGAUUAACGCAUGUUGAAGGGUAGUCUAUAUCAUUAUUUAACCCAUUAUACUAAUUUUAUAAUGAAUCGUUUGCAUAAUCAGUAUUCUAAAUUGAUGAUCCUUACUGUUAUAAAUAUGGAAUAUCUACUAGAUAUAAUCCUCUAAUUGAUAUUCAAUAAUUAGGAGAAAUUGGAAUUUUAGACAGCAAUUGUUUCCAUAUACAUCAUACCAUAGAUAAUAGAAAGUAAAAUAUAAACUUUUUGUAUUAUGAUUGUAUUGAUUACGAGAAAUAAUAGAUAGAAAAAACAUAUACAUUUAUUGGAGAUGAUGGUAAUAUUUAUAAAAAAUCAUAUUAUCUGAACAUACAUGAAUAUGAAUCAUUUUGGUACUUUUUAGGUAUUAUUGCUAAUCUAGCAGAAAAAUAAGUUGUUAUAUGUCUUAUCUUAAAUAACAAGAUAUUAGAUACACAAAUAUAUAAUCUCAUAUAUCCAAAUUAUGAUGCAAAUUUAUAAUAUAUCUAUGGGGGAGAUUUAUAGAUAAAUAUUGAUUAAACACUUUUUAAUGAAUAAAUAUCUAAGCUUUCCUAUUUUCCAGGAAAUUAUAUAAGAUAUAGUUUAAGUUAUUAAAGUAGAGAGGGAUAAUGUUAGUUGAAAAAUUUUGAAGAUCAAUUAACUGUUCCUUUAUUAAGUUGCAAAUGUACAUUGAAUAAAGUUCAAAAUAUUCCUGAUUCCCUUAUCUCUUAACUAAAUCAAGAAUAUUUCAUAUCAGAAAAUUUAAAUUGUGAUUCCUUUAGUUUCUAAACAUGGAUUAGAAUAAAAGAAAGAAAUAAUUAUGUUAAAGAAAUGGAUUAUUAAUUAAUUAAAAUAUCUGCGCAUUAUAUAAAUACAAAAUUAUUGGACGAUAAUCUAUGUGCAUUUUAACUAUAUUAUAAAUUAACUUAAAGCCUAAAUUAAAUCAUAAUAACAACAUAUAGUUACACUUUCCCAAUAGUAAAUAUUGACUUUUCAGAUGAUCCUUUUUUAAUUAAAAAAACUUUCUCUAUUGAUAUAAAUAUAUAAUUAUGGCAUUUUUUAAGAAUCAGGAAAACCAAGAAUUCUAUAUAAGUGAAAAUAUUAUUUUAUGAAGUAACAACAAUUCAAGAAUAUUCUUUUGAGAGUAUUGUUAAUCAUUUUAAUAUGAUUAGAUUUAAAAUAACUUAUGGAAAUAUAUUGUAAACUUACAACUAUUUAACAAUCUAAUUUAUAAAUAUGAUGUUUUCUAAUUGUGACAAAGAGAUUAUUUCGAAACUAUGUCAUAUAUCAUGCUUGGAAUGUGAUGGUCCAACUAAAUCUGAUUGUUUAUCAUGUGAUCCAUCUACAAAUAGAAUUUAUAAUAAAAAAUAGAAAGCUUGUGUUUGUGUCUAUGGAAAAAUUGAAAUAGAUAAUGAAUGCAAAGACUAUUCCUCAUUUUAACUAAUUCUCUCUUAAGAAAAUGGUAAUGAGUUCAAGUGUUCCUAUGGAUAUUUUGAAUUUGAUAAUGAAUGCUGGAAAUGGUAUUUAUAUCUAACUUUAUUAGUCCUUCUAAAAUAAGAGAGAAAUUAAUAACUUGUAUAGAAUGUAUCACAAAUCCAAAAACUUGGAUUAUAAAUCCAUAUUGUUAAUACAACUUUGUAACUGAUGAUAAUUUAAGGCCUUUUACAAAACUAGACGAUGGGGUAAGUGAUUUAUUCUUUGAUGGAGCAGAUAUAAAGUUCAAAGAAAAUUAAGAAUAAUAUAAAGAUAUUUAUUCUGAUUACAUAUAGACUUUUGAAUAAUUUUCAAAUUUCUGUUAGAACUGCCAAAGAGAUUUAGAUAAAGAAUUCUGUUUCGUUUUUGAACAUUGUAUGUAAUGUGAAAUUCAAUUAUUUAAACCUAUUUGUACCAAAUGUGUUAUGAAUUUUUUAUUAAAAGAUGGAGUUUGUUAAAUAUAAAAAUUGAUUUAAACUGCAAAAGUUAUAGUCUGUGAAACUCCUUAUUAUUAAACCUAUUAUAAUAUAUGUAUCUUAUGUCCUAUUGUUAACUGUCUUUAUUGUUUUGAUUAUUUAAAGGAUGAUGUUUAAAAGAAUACCAUAUUUUACAAAUAUUCAACUGAGAGGAUUAAUGCAAAUGAUUAAUAAGUAUUGGUAGGUUGUGCAUAAUGUCUAGAAGGAUAUAUUUAUGAUUUCAUUACUGGAUAAUGCAUUUAUAAAUAAUCAUAAAUAUAAAAUUGUCUAAGAUCAUUUGUGAAUUAAGAAGGGAAAGAGAUGUGUAUUUUGUCAUCAAUAGAUGAUUUUAAAGUUGCUCCUUAAAUAAUUAAUUGUUAAAAGUAUAUUUUUCAUUGUGAAUAAUGUUUUCAAAACAUUCAAACUAUUUUAAAGUGUCUAAUUUGUGAAGUAGGAUAUGUGGCAUCCUAUACAACUGGAUUAUGCUAGAUUGGUUUCUAAUAAUAAAAUGAAAAAUCUAGUGUUUAUUUUUAUGAUUAAAAUAUUUGGAGGUAUAUUGUCUAAUCUUUCACUAUGCUAUUUGCUAAAAUAAAUUAUUCCUAUUUAUUAGAAUAAUUUAAUAAUUAUAAUAUUGAAUGUAUAGAUGGAUAUUAAUUAUUUAAAUAAAGAUGUUCAUAAUAUUGUGAUUAAAAUUGUAGGCAAUGUUAAAAGGAUGAAAUAUCAAAGAGAUUUACUUGCUCUUUAUGUUCCUUAAACCCCUAUUAGGAACCAUAUAGAGUUUAAGAAUAUGGUAAAUGCGUAAUUUGUCCUUCAUUAUGUUUGGUUUGCCAUACAAGAUCUAACGAAAGCAUUAAGGUAUUUUUAAUGAAAUGUAUUAUAGAAUAUAAAUCCGUAUUACAUAAUAAAUGAAAAAAAUGCCUAAUAUACUACAUAAUGCAUAAAAACUAUAUCAAACGUCAAUAUAAAAAUAGACCCAUAAUUGUAAGUAGCUCAGUAUAUAUAUGAUCCUAGUAAAACAGCUUUUGAGUAUUCAGUAAUCAUUAAUUAUAAUUCAAGAUGAACUGGUUUUGCAAAAUGAAUUCUGGUCCAUUUGAUGUAAAUGCAGAUUCAUCUGAAAAUUUUGAGAAUGAUUUUGACUUUUUCUAUUUUAAUGAGAUUGGUCUGAGAUAAUUUAUUUUAAUUCUCUAAUUUAAACUCAGUUGUGAUGUUCCCAAAUUCUAAAUACCUGAAUAUCGGAUAAUUAAAAAUUCAUUUUACACAAAAAUAUUUUCAAUCAGAUUUGUUAAACUUUAAUUAAAAGGAAAUCUACCAAUAAUUAAAAAUUAUUAAAUAUAUAAUUUUAAUUAAGUAGAAUUAAUAAAUUUGUAUGUAAAUUUAGAAUAAAACAUUACUUUUGAGUUUUAUAAUAAUGAAGAAGCAAUAGAUUAUCAAAUAUUAAAUACUACAUUUAUUUCAAAUAAAUUAGAAUAAAUAAAAUUUGAGAUUCCUAUGAAUAUCAAUCAGAUUUGUAAUAUUUACAAUUUAUCAAUUUCUAAUUUUGUUAUUGAUAAUUCUAUUAUGUUUAACAUACAUUCAACUAAAUAGAAUGAAACUAUUUUUAUAGAUUACUUUUUUUUGACGGAUACUAUAAUUAGCAACACAGUUUUGUUCAAUUUCAAUACUACUUCACAAAAUAUUGUAAUUGGAAACCUUUUUAUUGAUCGAUGUGAAUUCAACAAAUUUACACUACUUAAUUUUCAACAAACUUCAGAAACAAAAAUAAGUCUUAGAUCCAUUAUCAUUAAGAAUUCUAUUUUUACUAAUUCUUCAUUUUUAGAAAGUUAUAAUACCAAAAUUCUUUUUAUCUAUUCUUUUUAGAUGAUUGAAAACUUAAUUUUAAAUUCAAAAUUAAUAAAAUUUAGUAAAGAUCUUUUUAGCUUUAAUUUAGUACUUAAAUAAAAUUAGUUUAAAGAAUCAAUUUUGUUUGAAAAGUAAUUCUCUGUAAUCUAUCAAUAAGAAAUAAAAAUAGUUGAUAUUAAUAUAAUUUCGAAUAUUUUUCAGAGUUUUUAAGUUUUUGUCAAUGAUUAAAACCAAAUGCAACCUAUUAAAAUAGAAUUAACAAACAUUGUUUUUAAAGAUAAUACUAAUGCUUAAAAAGAAAUACAAGAUUAUAUAUUUAAACUCAGUUGCUCAAAUAUUUUAAUUUAGAAUGUGUCUAUUAUAAAUACUUCUUAUCUACGCUACUUUUAUUUAUUCAACAUUUCUUAAAUUAAUAUUAAGAAUAUUUCUGUUUAAAAUGAAAUCUAAGAAUAUAGGAUUCCCCUUAAUUAAGAUUGUAUUAUUAAUAGUUAUUAGCAUUCAAAAUUUCUAUUUUUGAAAGGAUUUUCUAGUCUUUAUUUGGGUUUUAUUAAAUUGUUUAAUUAGAUUACUAUAGAUUAAUCUUUUAUUGAAAUUCAGUCCAAUGAUUAAACCUUAAAUAAAGAACCUGAAACUAUAAUAAUUUAAAACGUUACUUUUACUAAAAAUAGAUUGAUGAAGAUCAACCAAAGAUAUAUGUUUUCAAUCAUAUCAAUAUAUUCGGAUAAAAUAUAGUCAAUCCACUUUUAGAAUAUAUUGUAUUAGGAAAAUUCUUAUCAUUAAUAUUAUGAAGAUCCUACAUAAAGUUCUGCUAGUUUGCUUUUUAUCAACUCAAUUAAUAGUUUUAUUCUUCUUUAGAAUAUAUAGUGUUUUGAAAAUUCCCUAACAAACUCAACUAAUUCCUUUAUUACUAUCAACUCUAAUGAAGUUAAAAUAAAAUAAAUUUAAGUUUUUCAUCACAAUUAUCUGAGAGUAGAAUUUUGGAAUAGGUAUUAUCAAAUUUUGCUGUAAAAUAAUAUUAAUUAAAUUGAAAUUAAUUAUAUGAUUGAAUAAAUUCUAUCAAUUAAAAACAAAGGUGGAGUUAUUAAAAUAAUCACUGAUAAUUUCACUUUAGAAAAUGGAUAAUUUUCAUAUCUAAUAGCAAAAAGCAGCUCUGUUUUGGAUAUUGUCACCAAGGGAGCUGGAAUUAUCAACCUAUAUAAUUGUAGUAUUGCUUAUUCUCAAAAUAAUUUGCUUUAAAAUUCAAAAUAAGAAGGAUCAAUCAGUAUUAGUUCAUAAAAUAGUUAUUUAACUUUAAGACUAGAAAAUUUUAAUUUCACAGACGUUUAUAAUACAUUAUCCCCAGCAAUCUUAUCCCUUAUUCCAUCAGAAGUAUCAAAUUAUAUUCUUAUAAAAAAUGUUUAAGUCUCAAAUUGUUUCUCUUUAACAAAUGUGUUUUUAGCAUUAUCAUUUCCUUAAGAAAAUGUUGAUUAAAAUUUAAUAACUAUAGAUAACAUCAUUAUAUCAUAAAGUUAAUAAGCUUCAGUGGAAUUUAACAGAUAGCUUAAUAUUUUGGAACCAAUAAUAAUAUCAUAAAUAACUAAAGACAAUGCUAUUUUUAAUAUUUAAGGAUGCUUAUUAAAGGUUCAUAAUUUUUAAUUUGAAGGAUUUAUAUUAUCUGGUAUUUUUAAUUUAAUAAAUUGCAAAAAAAUAUAAUUAAUGAAUAUUUUAUUUGAUAAAAUUAUUAUGUUUCAUAGUUUGAAUUUGCUACAUAUUGAAUCAGUCGUUUAAAUUAAAUCAAUAAUUUAAAUAUAAAACUUAACCACAAUUGAGAUUAAGAUGUUUAACAGUCACAAUUAAUAAUUAAGUCCUUUAGAUUACCCUAAUUUAUUUUUAGAAUAUAAAAAAUGUUAAAUAUUAAUGGCUGUAUUGCUUCCAAUAAAGAUACAAUAACUAGACAAAAAAUUAAAUAAUUUCGAAUAGAUUUUAUAAUAUUCCACUUAAAAUGGAUCAAUUUUAUACAUCAAAUGUUCAAACAAUCUAACAAAAAUAUCUUUACAAUCAAUAUUUCUCUUAUAGAAUAAUUGCAGGACUUGUAAGCAUGGUCUUAUCUUCUUUGAAUUAAUUGAUUUUUAACAAAUAAAUAUUGAAGAACUUUAUUGUAUGGGAAAUAUUAUAUAACAAUUUGGAUGUAUUACUGCUUAAUCAGAAAAAAAACUGUAAGGUAAGUUAAAAAUUAGAAAUUCUCUUUUUAUUAAUAAUAUAGGUACCUAAGGAAUUGCAGUAUCUUCAUUAAAUGUUAAGAUAUUUUUGUUCAAAAUCAAGAUUUUCAAUAAUACUGCAACUUUAUUAGGAGGUGGAUUAUAUAUUGAUCUGAAUAAUUAAGAUUUUUCAAUAAAAUCAACAAAUAUUUAAUAGAAUAAAGCAAGUGAAGGUGGAGGGAUUUAUUUUAGUGAAAAUAGCUUUCUGAGUGAAAUUAAUUUUAUGAAUUCAUUGUUAAAUUUUAAUCUAGCUGAAUUAACAACAAAUAAUCUACACGAAUAACCUUCUCAUUUAGACUUAUCAAUCAAUCAUCAAAUUAUGCCUUCAGAGUUUAAAUUUGAUUAAAUAUCCUAAAAGUCUUUAAAAUUAUAGCCUUACAGAAUGAUGUAAUAAGGUAAAAUACUUAUGGCAAAUAUAUUAAUGGUUCCAAGUAAUUAAGAAAUGGCCAAAUAUGAAUUAUACAAUCCCAAAUAAAAGAAGUUUACAUCAUAUAUAAAUGAAUUAUCCAUUUAAUUUAAAAAUAGAUUUAAUGAAUAAUUGCUUAAUUUUACUAAUUCAACUUGCUAAAUUAUUGAAUCUAUAUUAGAUAUUAAAAAAUAAACAAUACUGGAAUCAUACAAUGUGUCUUUAAUAUAAUUUAAUUAAACCACAAACAAAUUUGAUAUGGGAACCUUAAUUUUCAUCUUUGAUCCAUAUAAUCAAACUAAUAAAUAAUAUGAAAUUAAAAUUAAUUGUAAAACCAAAAAUUAGAGUUAAGAAUUAUCAUAUAAUAUAAAAGUAAAAAGCCUUUAUUGUUAACUAGGAGAAUUUUAUGUUUUAGAUGGUUGUUUGACUUGCGAAUCAAAUUAAGGAUUUUAUUCAGUUACAUACAAUGCCACAAAGUGUUCAAUAUUUGAUAAAACAAAAUUUGAAGCAAUCAAUUCUAACAAUAUAAACUUGAAACCUGGAUUUUGGAGACCUCAUCCAGAGUCAGAUUUAGUAAAUGAUUGCUUCAAAAAUAUUGAAUCAUGUAAAGGGGGAUGGGUUGUUGGAGAUGAUAUUUGUAAAGUUGGGCACAUUGGAGGAUUAUGUGAGGAGUGUGAUAAACAUAAUAUUAGAGGAGAUGGAUAUUUUUUUUAAAAUGAUCAAUAUACUUGUUGGAAUUGUAGAGAUUUUUCUAUCAGCAUACUAUCUAUAAUUUUGAUAAUGGUUUGGUAAUAUAAUAAUUGAAUCUAGGGUCUUUCUUUCAACUUUUAUAACAUUAACUAGUGUAGAGAAAACAAAUUAAUUGUUUGCUUUAUUCAAACUCACUUAAAAAUUUGCUCAUAUUUUGUUUAAAAUGAAUUUAAGUAAAUAUAUAUAUUAUCCUUUUUAGAUUAAGAAAGCAUAUUGUUAAAAUUAUUUCUUAAUUAUAUUUGGAUAUUUUCUGUGAUUUUUACUUUUAACAUUAAAUUCUCUUUUUCAUUUAUUUUUGUUAACUAAAUGAGUGAUACAUCAUAUUUUCUAACUCGUAAUCUAGAUUGUGAACUUUCCUAAUCAUUUGAAAUUGAAUUAAUAUAUAUGAGAGUGUUAGUGAUGUUGAUUUUAAUCGCCUUAUAAAUCUUCCUCAUUUAAUUAGGAGUCAAUAUAUUUUUUAUGUUAGCAAGAGUAAGAUUCAGAAAAAACAUAAUUUCAAUCACGUUAAUUUACAUGUAUAUUUAAAACUAUACUGCCUUAAUCAAUCAGUAUAAUUUUUUUAAUUAUUAAGGCUCUUCUCUAUUAUGGCCAAUAGGGAAAUCUCAUAAAUUAAUUAUGUUUAAGGAGACGUGUCCCUCCUCUUUGAAUCAUCAAAUCAUUAGACAUGGAUGUAUAGGUUUGCAUUACCAGUUUCAUUACUAAUAGGAUUAAUUUUACCCAUGUCAUUACUUUGGUUUUUGUACCAAAAAAGAAACUUAUUUGAUAAAAUAUAAUUCAGAAAACAUAUCGGCUAUCUAUUUAAUGAAUAUAGCAAUAAUAGCUCUUUUUGGGAAUGGAUUAAAUUAUGGAAAAAAACAAUCAUUAUUAUUAUUUUGAUUUACUUUGAAACAAAUAUAUUUUAUAAAGGGUUUUUAAUUGGAGUGUGUUUAAUGAUCUAUUAAAUAAUCACAGCAUAAUAUCUACCUUACAUUUAUUCAAAAUUAAAUAAUUUAGAUUUGAAAUCAGCACAAUUAUGUUCAAUAGCAAUUUUCUUAGCAGCAGUAUAAUAUCUUUGUGAAUAAUAAGAAGAUUAAGUAUAUGCAAAAAUUUUGUAAAUUCUGAUAAUUCUAAUAUGCUUUAAAUUUAGUUUUCCAUAUAUUUUUGAUAUUAUUUCAGCCUAUUAUUAUAAAUAUAAAGAAAAAUUAUUGAAACUCUUAGUAAUUGCUUUAAAAACAUUAAACCCUUAAUCAAAUUUAAUAUGCAAACUUACAUAUAAACUAGAUUAAUGGAGAUNUUGUUUGCUUUAUUCAAACUCACUUAAAAAUUUGCUCAUAUUUUGUUUAAAAUGA